GUUCAAUGAAGGAAUAGGAUUGAUGCAUAUCAAGGCAUAUGGAUUCGAUGACAAUCUCAUUUUAAGCGGGGCCAAUUUAAGCCAUGAUUAUUUCAACAAUAGACAAGAUCGUUACAUGCUGUUCACAAAUGUAACAAACCUUAACAAUUAUUUUGAAGACCUUAUAAAGACUAUAGCAACUUUUUCAUUUACAUUGAAGCCUGAUAAAAAUUCUUUUAAGUUAGUUUUAUCAGAUAUUCCAGAUCCAUCAUCUCAAAGCAGACUAUUUAAGAAACAGGCAUCUUUAGUUAUGAAAUGCUUUAUUGAAAAAUGGAUGAAAAAACAAGAUAUACAACUAAAUCAAUUGGAGCAAUUUGACACAAUAAUCUUUCCCGUUAUACAGAUGGCACCUUUUAGUAUAAGACAAGAUGAAAAUGCCACUCUUUAUAUCUUAGAUACAAUCACGAAAUAUAAUAAUUAUUAUCAUAAUGAAGAUGAGUAUUGGCAAGUGUUUUUUACAUCGGGGUAUUUCAAUUUUACCCAGAAAUACAAGGAAAGAAUUCUAAAUUCAAGUGCAAAAUUUCGAUUACUAGCUGCAUCGCCAGAGGCAAAUGGAUUUUAUCAUUCAAAAGGAAUUUCCAAGUACAUUCCGAUGGCAUAUACAUUUCUAGAAUAUCAAUUUUUCAAUGAUAUAAUUCGUUAUGGAAAAAGUCAUUUGAUAAAAAUAGAAGAGUAUAAGCGAUCAAAUUGGACCUUUCAUGCGAAAGGGUUAUGGUGUUAUAUGAAUAGGCAAAAGUGGCCAAGCCUAACGAUAAUUGGUUCGUCAAAUUAUGGGUACCGAUCAACCGAGCGUGAUCUAGAAGCUCAAGUAAUACUGGUAACUACGAACGAUUCUUUAAGAAAAGCUUUGCAUGAU